AUGGGAGUCUGGAAGAUCCUGAAUGCCACCAGGAAUGAUGAGGGGGUAUACACCUGUUUAGCUCAGAAUGACCCAGAGGAAGGCCAACAGCACAGGGACUCUGACCAUCACAGAGGCGACACAGAUCACAGUAGCCCCAGAGGACACUUUCAGGUGAUGGUAGGAGAGGUGCAUCUGCAGUGCCAGGCCUCCUUUGACCCCAGUCUGGACAUCACCUUCAUCUGGUCUCUGGAUUUCAGGGUCAUCGACUUCUACCUAGAGUGGAAGCACUAUGAACGCAUCAUGGAUCGUGAGGACAGUGGAGAGCUGAAGAUAAUGAAUGUCCAGUUGAGACACGAGGGACGCUACACCUGUACAGCCCAGACUGUCGUGGACAACGUCACCGCGUCAGCAGACCUCAAGGUCAAAGGCCUUCCUGCUCCUCCCGGUGGGGUGAGGGUUGAGGAGAUCAGGGACACCUCGGUGAAGCUGGUGUGGAACCGAGGGGCCGACCAUGGCAGCCUCAUCCUUGGGUACACCAUCCAGACCAGAGACGUCUACGCACUAACUGAAGUGGACUGGAGGGACGCAUCCACCU